AUGAUUUUGCCCGAUUUCUACGAUCUAAAAAUAAAGUCUUCGUCGUCGUCUGCUAACUCAACCAGCAAUGUGCCGUUCUCUCGUGAGAAAGUUGAAGUUCAAGGCGGUGAAAAACCGAGAAAUUUAGGCCACUCGUCCCCCUCUGACAAUGAGUUUCAGCCGUACAGGUUGACUGCUGACGCAGUGGCCUCGAUUUUUCAAGUGGAUGUGGAAUCUGGUCUUUCCGCGUCUCAAGUGGCCGAUUCGGCUGCAAAGUAUGGACCAAACAAUUUGGGCAAGGAAGAAUCUAUUUCUUAUGUUGCCAUCUUGUGCCACCAGGUAUUCAACGCCAUGGUUUUGGUGUUGAUCAUCUCGAUGAUCAUUGCUUUGGCGAUCCGGGAUUGGAUCUCGGGGGGUGUCAUUGCAUUUGUCGUUUUCGUCAAUGUAUUUGUCGGCUUCAUCCAGGAAGUCAAGGCCGAGAAAACCAUGGGUUCCUUGCGUAACUUGACCUCUGCAUCCGCUGUUGUGAUCCGUGAGAAUGGACAAACCACCACAAUCAACGCUGUCGAUGUUGUUCCUGGUGAUAUCGUCUCUAUCAAAGUAGGUGACACAAUUCCUGCCGAUUUGCGUUUGAUCGAGUCUAUGAAUUUGGAAACCGAUGAAGCCCUCCUCACAGGUGAGUCUUUGCCAGUGACGAAAAACCAUAAGGAUGUGUAUGAUACCGAGGAGCUGAUUCCUGUGGGCGACCGCUUGAACAUGGCUUACUCCUCCUCCAUUGUUACCAAGGGACGUGCUACCGGUAUUACUGUGGCCACUGGCUUACACACUGAAAUUGGUAAGAUUGCUUCGUCUUUGCAGUCUUCGGAUGACGAUUUGAUUGUCAAGAAACGUCCUGGCGUUUCGUAUUUUGAGAUUGUAUGGAGAUCUACAUUGAACAUUAUCAUGAAUGUUUUGGGAACCAAUGUUGGCACUCCUUUACAAAGAAAAUUGUCCUGGUUGGCAAUCAUCCUUUUUGGCAUUGCUGUUCUUUUCGCUAUUGUAGUGAUGGCUACACAAAAAAUGGAUGUCAACCGAUCAGUGGCCAUUUACGCCAUUUGUGUUGCCUUGUCGAUGAUUCCCUCGUCGUUGAUCGUGGUGCUCACUAUCACAAUGGCUAUUGGUGCACAGGUGAUGGUUACCAAAAAUGUUAUUGUUAGAAAGCUUGACUCGUUGGAAGCUCUUGGAGGCAUUGACGAUAUUUGCUCAGACAAAACUGGUACUCUCACUAUGGGUAAGAUGAUCGCGAGAAAGCUUUGGAUUCCUUCGGUAGGUACAUUCUCAGUCACCAACUCAACUGAAGUUUAUAACCCAGAGGUUGGUGAAGUUGGCUUAGUUGAUCUGUCCCCUAAGCAAAUUAGUGAUUCUGACGAAGAAACUCAGUUUAAGGCCUUCGACAAACUGCAAUCACCAUUUUUGUUCAAAAGGUGGAUGGACGCAGCAACGUUGGCCAAUAUCUCCACUAUUCAGCCCACUGAGAAGGACCUUGGAACCGUUUGGGAAGCUCAAGGAGAUGCGACUGAAAUUGCAAUCAACGUCUUCUGCACUAGACUUGACUCCACUAGAGAUAAGCUUAUUUCUGAAAGGUCGUUGGAGCAUUUCGCUGAGUUCUCCUUUGAUUCAUCCAUCAAGAGAAUGUCGUCUAUAUACGGUACCUCUAGUGUGGACGCCAUGAUCUACACUAAGGGUGCAGUGGAAAGAAUAUUGGAUAUCUGUGACUUCAAGUACGGAUCAAACGAUUUGGAUUCGAAGGAACCUCUCACAAGCGCUCACAAGAAGGAGAUUGAAGAGAACAUGAAUAUUCUUUCUAGUGAAGGAUUGAGAGUUCUUGCAUUUGCAGAAAGGAAUGUCAAUUGCACCAAGAUCAACAUUAAUAACCGUGAUGAAGUGGAGACCGGUUUGACCUUCCUAGGCUUGAUUGGUAUCUAUGACCCACCAAGACCUGAAACCCGUGGAUCUGUCAAACUUUGCCACAAGGCUGGUAUCAAUGUCCAUAUGCUCACUGGUGACAUGUUGGGUACUGCUAGGGCUAUUGCUCAGGAGGUGGGUAUUUUGCCACAUAACUUGUACCACUACUCCGAUGAUGUCAUCAAGGCGAUGUGUAUGACAGCAACUGAAUUUGACCAUUUGAGUGACCAAGAAAUCGAUGAUUUGCCGGUAUUGCCAUUAGUCAUUGCUCGUUGUGCUCCUCAGACGAAAGUGAGGAUGAUUGAAGCAUUGCAUCGCAGAAAGAAGUUUUGUGCCAUGACAGGUGAUGGUGUUAACGACUCGCCAUCUUUGAAGAAAGCUGACGUGGGAAUUGCUAUGGGCCUCAAUGGUUCGGAUGUUGCAAAGGAUGCUUCCGAUAUCAUUCUCACAGAUGAUAACUUUGCCUCUAUCCUUCACGCAAUUGAAGAAGGUCGUCGUAUGUCUUCAAAUAUUCAGAAGUUUGUGUUACAAUUGCUUGCAGAAAAUGUUGCUCAAGCUCUAUACUUGAUUGUUGGAUUGGCAUUUUUUGAUGAUUCAGGGUUCUCGGUAUUCCCCUUGUCCCCUGUUGAAACACUUUGGAUUAUUGUUGUCACAUCAUGCUUUCCUGCCAUGGGACUUGGUCAAGAAAAGGCCAGUGACGAUAUUCUCAGUGUUCCUCCAAACAACCGAAUUUUCACCAGAAGCGUUAUCAUCGAUAUGUUUGUAUACGGUGUCUGGAUGGCAGCUUGUUGUAUGGCAGUCUUCGUCAUUGUGGUGUUUGGAAAGGGUGAUGGUAACUUGGGAUACAGUUGUAACGAGAACAGUGGAUCAAACUGUGGUUUGGUCUUUGAGGGAAGAUCGGCCGCCUUUUCUACAUUCACGUGGUGUGCCUUGUUUUUGGCCUGGGAAUGUAUACACAUGAAGAAUUCUUUCUUCAACAUGAGACCAGACUCGGAGGACCCUUGGUACGUUACUUUGGCAAGAGACCUCUGGGACAAUCAAUUCUUGUUCUGGUCGAUCAUCGGCGCCUUCAUCUCGGUCUUCCCAGUGAUUUACAUUCCGGUGAUCAACGACAAGGUAUUUUUGCAUGGCCCAAUUGGCUACGAAUGGGGUGUCUCUAUUGCGUUCACCGUUUGCUUCUUCGCCGGUUGCGAGGCUUGGAAGUUCUUCAAGAGACGUUUCUACAGAAAAGUGUUACCCCAGAGAAGUCACUUGAGGACUACGAUCCUUCCUGGCUUAUUCGUCGUUUUCUGUGGACAAAGUCGCGUAGUUGUCAAGGCAUUAUCAACUUUAAGUCGAUCAAGUGGCCUUUUUUUUUGUUUUGUGCGAGUGCUUUGA